UUGUGACUGUAAUGCAAGGUGACAGAAUAUAAAUACUCCGAGCCCCAUCGAUUCUUUACUAAUAACAAUCCCUGCAUUAUUGUUGUGUCUGUAGUUUCUCAAAGAACAUUCAGCUAUGCUAAGACUUUUGAUCCUCACUGCGCUGAUGGUGUUAACCCUGGCUCACGGAGGGGAUCAUGACAGUACAUCACACAAAGCUGGAGUGAAGAAAGGUCACUGCCCAAAUCACGGUAUAUCUGGCAAUGCCUCCCUGCCUGACUGCCCCGCCUCCUGCGCCAAUGGCACAGACUGCGCUGCUUUAAAUUGCACCUCGGACACCAGCUGUGCGGGAUCACUGAAGUGCUGUGAAACCAGCUGUGGAUUUAAAUGCAUUGAUUUUAUUUACGAGAAAUUCUGCAACACAGACGCAGACUGCGGCGGAACAUUAGUCUGCUGUAGAAACCGGUGCAAGUCAGUCUGUGUUACUCCAAGACCAGUCAUCACUUCAAAAAAAGGAAAAGACAUCAAAGGAAAACAUAAGUGAGAAAAAAAAUGAUAGUCCCAUGUUAAAGGAUACCCCCCAGUGUACGGCAACACUGGUGCAGAGGAGAUAGUUAAUGGAACCGGAUGUUCUAAACAAGCAAUGUUAAUGCCAAUUAUAACCAAAUUAAUAAAGUGUAAUAAAGUUGUAA